ACUUCCCCCGUAGCCCUCUUCCUCCCCCGGCCGUCACCGAAGCGGAUGAAAACAAACACUGACGAUGGCGGCACCGGGAAGCGACCAGUGGCUGGGCUUAAGGCAGGAGUGAUCGCUUGAGCUGUGAGGGAAGCCUUGAAGAGCGCCUUGUAGACGUGAGUGCGACGACUCGCGCAGUCUUGGGAACGAAACUCCCGGGGCCUGCGAGCCACGAGGCUCCCGAGGUGUGAGGUAUUAUCUGCGACCCGUGCUGUCACUGCAGCUCCGGAGCGCGGAGCCCUCAGCCAGGAGGCGCAGCUGGCCGGCCCCAGGCCCCGGCCUCCGUAAUGAGAGCCCCGAGCCACACUCUGUGUCGCAGCUUCACAGGUGAGGGAGACUGUUGACUAGUGAAAAAAGGGACCCAAGGUUCACGACUCUCUUACUGGCAGUGGAACGACCUGUGGAAACCUGCGAUCCAUUCUCAUUAAAUAAAUCUCUGGAAGAGAUGAAAAUGACAUCAUAACACUAUGGUUGAAGCACCGCUUAGAUCACAGAGAAUGAAGAGUACACCUAAAAAAUUCCUCAGUUAUGACCCUUUAUUAUUCAACUUAAGUGUUUUUUAAUGGAAAAAAGAUUCCUAUAGGCAAUGGAAACUGAUCUUAAUUCCCAGGACAGAAAGGACCUGGACAAGUUCAUUAAGUUUUUUGCCCUCAAGACUGUCCAAGUGAUUGUCCAGGCUCGACUGGGAGAGAAGAUUUGUACUCGUUCAUCUUCUUCCCCAACGGGUUCAGACUGGUUCAAUUUAGCAAUCAAAGACAUCCCAGAGGUUACACAUGAGGCAAAGAAGGCCCUGGCAGGGCAGCUGCCUGCUGUUGGGAGGUCCAUGUGUGUGGAGAUCUCACUCAAGACUUCCGAGGGAGAUUCCAUGGAGCUAGAAAUCUGGUGUCUGGAAAUGAAUGAAAAGUGUGAUAAGGAAAUCAAAGUUUCCUAUGCCGUGUACAACAGACUGUCACUGCUGCUGAAGUCUCUGCUUGCUAUAACUAGGGUGACUCCAGCGUACCGACUCUCCAGAAAGCAAGGGCAUGAAUAUGUCAUCUUAUACAGGAUAUAUUUUGGGGACGUCCAGCUGAAUGGCUUAGGGGAAGGUUUCCAGACAGUUCGUGUUGGGACAGUGGGUACCCCCGUGGGCACCAUCACUCUUUCCUGUGCUUACAGAAUUAACUUGGCAUUCAUGUCCACCAGGCACUUUGAGAGGACCCCACCUAUCAUGGGCAUUAUUAUUGAUCACUUUGUGGACCGUCCCUAUCCCAGCUCCUCGCCCAUGCACCCCUGCAAUUACAGAACUGCCGGUGAGGACGCUGGAGGAGCAUGCCCUUCUGUGGAAGACUCUCAAGAAGUGUGCGCCACCUCCUUUUCCACCUCGCCGCCCUCCCAGCUAAUGGUCCCCGGGAAGGAAGGUGGGGUACCCCUUGGUCCCAACCAGCCUGCCCACGGUGCCCAGGCUGACCAGGAGAGACUGGCAACCUACACCCCUUCUGAUGGGGCCCACUGCGCCGCCACGCCAUCCAGCAGCGAGGACACUGAAACUGUAUCAAACAGCAGCGAGGGACGGGCCUCCCCCCAUGACGUCUUGGAGACCAUCUUUGUCCGGAAAGUGGGGGCUUUUGUCAACAAGCCCAUCAACCAGGUGACUCUGACCAGUUUGGACAUACCUUUUGCCAUGUUUGCUCCCAAGAACCUGGAGCUAGAGGAUGCGGAUCCCAUGGUGAAUCCGCCAGAUUCCCCAGAGACUACAUCUCCUCUCCAGGGCAGCCUGCACUCUGACGGCUCCAGCGGGGGCAGCAGCGGCCAUACCCAGGACGACUUCGUCAUGAUCGACUUCAAACCAGCUUUUUCUAAAGACGACAUUCUUCCGAUGGACUUGGGGACCUUCUAUCGUGAAUUUCAGAACCCCCCUCAGCUGAGCAGCCUCUCCAUUGAUAUCGGGGCCCAGUCCAUGGCCGAGGACUUGGACUCACUACCAGAGAAGCUGGCUGCGCACGAGAAGAAUGUCCGAGAAUUUGAUGCCUUUGUAGAAACCCUGCAGUAAAAGUUGGUGUCCUUGAGUCCCAGCAGCAUCCCCUUCUUGUGGUCCCAGGAGACAGAGCGCCUCCCCCUUGUCAGCUGCUCCCACCCCUUGUCCUGCUCCAGGCCAGGCGGCGGGGAGGCUGGUCCCCUCGGGGGACCCGGAAGUCCCUGCUCUGGCACCUCCCGGAGACCGGUGGCAGCAGCGAAGGCCCACAACGGCAUCCGCGAAGACUCCUCAUCUGCCCGCCCUCUGCGGGCCUUCUGCUCACGCCACCCGCAGCGGCGGCCUCAUAGAGGCCGUCCUCCUGCCUCUCCUGCCAGCCCCCCACCCUGGGUCUGCCCAGCAGCUGGCCCCUUGCCAGCCUGCUGUGGCCAUCCGCCUUCAACAUUCCAGCUGGUAGCCCUGAGGCUGGAGCGGGGGCAGGAGGAGGAAGGAUACCGGGCUGGGAGGAGGGAGGCAGGACGCUCUCCUCCAGGGUCUUUUCCUCUUAGUUCUGGUAUCUUCUUCCUCUCUCUCUUUCUUCCUCCUCUGUCCCGGGCCUGUAUUUUUGGCAGUGUGGCGGGCUUCCCGCCCCUGGUGAUGAGAACUCUAAAGUGAGCCGUGCCCACCCAUCCGGGCAGCCCUGGCGGCUGCCUGUGCCCAGCCGUGUGGAAGCAGAGUCCUGCAUCUCUAGGAGUUGUCACUGGAGUCACAGCCCAGGUUCUCCUUUCUCCUACCCUCUCCCCCUGUUACAGGACACAGUCACUAUUUAUUACUUUCAGAGAAAUCAGAUACUUUAUAGAGAGAACAUGUUUGAGGUUAGACGUCUUCACUUGGGAAGGUUGGAGGGCCCCCGGGACAGCGCCUCUUCCUCUAGAAGCUCCUCAGACUUGGGGCUGCUGCUCUCAGAUCUUCUUCCCAGGCGUAGAAGGUGGGAUCCCAGAACGUGGCCGGGGGGUGGGGGGCCACAGAGCCUCCCAGAAUUGCUGCAUUUGAACUGACAACUGACCACAGACUCUACCUUAGACACAUGCAUAUUCCUGGGGAGAAGCUUCAAUCUCCCAGCUCCUGCAGAGAGACAGAAGCCCUGUCCUGGCAGCCCAGGAAGUCUUGGAUUCAAAAUGUGAUGACUCACCAGGGUCAUGCCACUGGUAGUACCCACGGGGUGCUGUGUGUGUCCCCCGCUAUGGCCCUGGGGAAGGCUGGGCAGCCCCCUCCUCCUGGGGAACUUGUUCCGGUUUCUCGGGGCGGGGUCAUGGGCCUUUUUCCCCUUCCACCUGGGCCUGGCCACCAGCUCUCUUUAACCCCAGGGUCUGUACACUGCCCUGAGGUUUACUAGUUGGAUCGAUUCCUUGUUGAGAAACCAAAGCUGGGCAUUCAGUUGACUUAACCCUUCAGGCGUUACUGAGUCGGCCGAGGGCCCAGCCUACUCCCUGACUGUCUGUCCCUCGUCACCUCACCUGUAGCCCCGUCCGAGGAAAGCUGGGCGUACCUCCCCGCUGUGGCCCCCUGGGUGUUCGUUGGCAGAAGCUGUUCUGCAGCAGAGUAGGCGGCCCUCCGUUGCUUGUUAGCGGGUGCAGGGGGCGGCGUCCCCACCUGCGAGGCUGAUCCCAGGGCUGGGCUCGGCUCUGUGCCCGCCUCAUGGGGCUGAGCCCAGCCUCGUGCACACCCCCUGCUGCCACAAAGGCGCGUUCCUCGUGGCAUCCAGCUGGCCCUCCUGGUGUGGGGCUGAGCGCACCUGUGGCCUGCCACGCCAAUCCCGGUUUACCCCCCAGGGCCCCAGCACUGAGAGGGGUGGAGGCCCCAGUAAGUUACUGAUGCCCCCCACUCCCACCUCACCCAGCCUCUCAGCCCUCCUUCCAAGGCCAAGCAGGGGAAGGCCUCUGAGCCGCUGUCCUCUUUGACUCUGAAUUGUUGGCCUCUGCAGGCAGCAGCCUUUCUUCAGGACCCCUUCAGUGAGAGGCCAGGGAGGCUGAGCCCAGACUUGGAGCCGAGCCUGGGAGGAGCAGAGCAACUGUCAAGGCCGGCCCUUGUCCCUCAGCCCCGUGCAGCGGCAGGUAUGAGCCCCAGACCGACUUCCACAGCAUCCCCCAGACAGGGCUGGGACCAGUCGCGUCUCCGGGGGAGAGCCCCUCCGCGCCUCCAGCCGACUCCGUUUGGAAAUACUAAGCUAUUACUUUAAAAUGUAUUCAAGAGAUUUCCAAUAAACUUUUUCUGUACUUUA